CAACUCUUCUCUCUAUGGCUCUGAACGGGAUCACUGCUCCCUUAUCAGGGUAGCCUAUCAAUGCUCCCUGAUCAGAGGCGCCACCCGCCGCGGACUUUCGCCCCUCGCGUUGGACUUGUCAAAAUAAAGCGGAGCAAUACGAUUCAGCCGGCCAAUAUGUUCAAAUCCAAGUCGCCGAACAAUCUUUCCAAGUAUGUCUCCGAGCCGUGCCGCGCCGCGGUGGAGCAGAUGUGCAUGGUGGAGUGUGUGUGCAGCGCGGGCUUCAACUGUGAGGUCCACCCAGCACCUGGGGCGAUCCAACCGGUACCGGGGGCGCAGCCCGGUGCGCGUGGCCACGGAUCCCCCGGGGAGGCGUACUUCAAGGAACGCGGCCAUGACAACCCGGCCUACGAGAGCGGGAGCCAGGGCGAGCUGUACCUCCAGGCCCCAAGCGUACCCGUCUACGCAACUGCCCUCGAUCGGUACGAUGCCAGCAGUCGCGUCCCCGCCCUUCCCGAGGUCCUCAGAGGGGAAGUGACCCGGACCGUGUGGAUCGGCGUGGAGGGGAUGACCUGUGGCACCUGCGUCCGUUCCUUGGAGGAGCGUGUGGGGGCGGUGGCGGGGGUGUCCGGUGUGCGGGCGUCCCUGGAGGACGGCGCAGCAGUGAUCGCGUACCGGCCAUGGGAGGUGGCGGCGGAUGCCCUCAGAGACGUCAUCGGGGAGAUGGGCUUCACCGCCACGUUUGGGGCCGGGGAGCGCCCUGCGGUCCUGCCGGCGCUUGGGGCCCAAGCGUUGGGGGCCCCGGUGUUGGGGGCCCCGGCGACGGUCUGCAUCUGGGUGGCGGGGAUGACCUGCGAGUCCUGCGUGCGGGCCAUCGAGGGGAGGUUGGCGCAGGCUCCUGGUGUGCGUUCUGUCGCCGUGUUGCUGGAGGAGGGGAAGGCGAUGGUGACAUUCGACCCCAGCGUGACCCAGCCGCCACGGCUCGGGGCCGCCAUCGAAGAUAUGGGCUUCCGGGCCUUCCUAGAAGAACCCUUGACCCAAAAACCGCUGGCAAAGUCGUCCGACCCGAGCAAGGGUUCACCGACGCGGGGCUCGAUGGCAAGGGGUAGCAGCACGGGGUCCCAGAGACCACCCAACAGCCGCCUGGGUGACCUGACGGACGCCUUGAAGAUAGAGAAGUGCUUCAUUGGUGUAACGGGCAUGACCUGCACCUCCUGUGUCGCCAACAUCGAGAGGAACCUCCUCAAACAAAGAGGUAUCGUGUCGGUGUUGGUGGCUCUGAUGGCAGGAAAGGCGGAGGUCAAGUACCACACGGACCUGCUGGACGCCAUGGCUGUGAUGCAGCUCAUCGAGGAGCUGGGCUUUGGGGCUUCACUUCUUGAGGAUGACGCGGUCCCCCAAGGGAAGCUGGCCCUCACGGUGACAGGGAUGACGUGUGCGUCGUGCGUGCACAGCAUCGAGUCCAGACUCACCAGUACCAGAGGGGUCCUGGCGGCCUCUGUCGCCCUGGCAACCAACAAAGCUAACAUUCGGUUUGACCCUGAAGUGAUUGGUGCUCGCGACAUCAUCAGGACCAUUGAGCAAAUGGGGUUUGGGGCCAUGCUUCUAAAAGCAAGCCAUCAAAAUUACAUCGACCACUCAAAAGAGAUUCAUCAGUGGAAGAGCUCCUUCCUGCUGAGCCUGCUGUUCGGCAUGCCGGUGAUGGGCUUGAUGAUCUACAUGAUGGUGAUGGACAGUCAGCAUGGGGAACACGGAGGAGCCAUGCCUGAGGAGCAGAACAUGCUGCCCGGCCUCUCCAUCCUCAACCUGGCCUUCUUCCUCCUCUGUACCCCUGUACAGAUCUUCGGAGGCCGCUACUUCUACGUCCAGGCGUACCGCUCGCUGCGCCACUACACGGCCAACAUGGACGUCCUGAUUGUGCUCGCCACGUCCAUCGCCUACGUGUACUCGUGUGUGGUGCUGGUCGUCGCCAUGGCGGAGGGCGCGGCCAAGAGCCCAGUCACCUUCUUCGACACGCCGCCUAUGCUCUUCGUCUUUAUCGCCCUUGGGAGAUGGCUGGAGCAUGUGGCCAAGAGCAAGACGUCCGAGGCCCUGGCCAAGCUGAUGUCCCUCCAGGCGACGGAUGCCACCGUGGUCACACUGGGCCCAGACCACUGCAUCCUCCGCGAGGAGCAGGUUUUGGUAGAGCUGGUGCACCGGGGGGACGUGGUGAAGGUGUCUCCGGGGGGGCGGUUCCCCGUGGACGGGAGGGUGAUGGAGGGCAGUUCCAUGGCAGACGAGUCCCUGAUCACUGGGGAGCCCAUGCCCGUCAGUAAGCGGGUGGGUAGCAGGGUGAUCGCCGGCUCCAUCAACGCCCAGGGGGCCUUGCUGGUGGAGGCCACCCACGUGGGCUCGGACACCACCCUCUCCCAGAUUGUGAAGCUGGUGGAGGAGGCCCAAACCUCCAAGGCCCCUAUCCAGCAGUUUGCAGACCGGCUAAGUGGCUACUUUGUUCCAUUUAUCGUCAUUGUGUCCGUCCUAACGCUGCUGGCAUGGCUAGCAAUUGGCUUCGUCAACUUUGACAUUGUCAAAGACAACUUUCCAGGCUAUGACCCGGACAUCCCCCGCACGGACGUGAUCGUGCGCUUCGCCUUCCAAGCGUCCAUCACGGUGCUGUCCAUUGCCUGCCCCUGCGCCCUGGGGCUGGCGACCCCGACGGCCGUCAUGGUGGGCACGGGGGUGGGGGCGCAGAACGGCAUCCUCAUCAAGGGGGGGGAGCCCCUGGAGAUGGCCCACAAGAUCAACGUGGUGAUGUUCGACAAGACGGGCACCAUCACCUGCGGCGUGCCGCGGGUGACGCGGGUCCUGGUGCUGUGGGAGGCGGCCCAAAUGCCCCUGAGGAUGGUGCUGGCUGUGGUUGGCACUGCCGAGGCCAGCAGCGAGCACCCCCUGGGUGCGGCUGUGGCCAAGCACUGCAAAGAGGAGCUGGGCCUGGCUGUGCUGGGCUACUGCCAGGACUUCCAGGCGGUACCGGGUUGUGGGAUCAGCUGCCGCGUGUCCAACGUGGAGCAGCUAGUGGCAGCGGCCCCCGAGGUGGUGGUCCACCUGCAGGGGGCGACCACGGUCGAGGGCCCCCUGGCCGCGGGCGGCCAGCCCCGCACCACAGGCAGCGGCGGGUCGCACUCUGUGCUGAUUGGCAACAGAGAGUGGAUGAGGAGGAACGGCCACCACAUCGGAGCGGACAUCAACGCCGCCAUGUCCAGCCACGAGAACAAAGGACAGACUGCCAUCCUGGUGGCCAUAGACGGUAUCAUGUGCGCCAUGCUGGCCAUUGCCGACACAGUCAAGGCGGAGUCAGCGUUGGCCAUGCAUACGCUCCAGAGCAUGGGCAUCGAGGUUGUCAUGAUCACCGGGGACAACCGGCGCACCGCCAAGGCCAUCGCCGCACAGGUGGGCAUCAGGAAGGUGUUUGCGGAGGUGCUGCCAUCCCACAAGGUGGCCAAGGUGCAGGAGCUGCAGGAGAAGGGGCUCUGCGUGGCCAUGGUGGGGGACGGGGUCAACGACUCGCCCGCCCUGGCGCGCGCCGACGUGGGCAUGGCCAUCGGCACGGGAACCGACGUGGCCAUCGAGGCCGCCGACGUUGUCCUGAUCCGGAACGACCUGAUGGAUGUGGUAGCGAGCAUUGAGCUCUCCAAGAAGACCGUGAGGAGGAUCAGAAUCAACUUCCUCUUCGCCCUCAUGUAUAACCUGCUGGGGAUUCCCAUCGCUGCAGGUGUGUUCAUGCCGGCAGGCCUGGUGCUGCAACCCUGGAUGGGCUCGGCCGCGAUGGCCGCCUCCUCCGUGUCCGUGGUUCUGUCUUCUCUGCUGCUGAGAACCUACAAGAAGACAUCCACAGAGCUGUACCAGUCCCGGGCCAGGGGUCACAUGCUGAGCCUGCAGUCCUCCCAGAUCAGUGCCAACCCGGGCCAGGAGGACCGCCGGCGCCCGGGCCCCGCCUCGCUGGACCCCGACGGGCCGGCCGGCCGCCCCGAGGUCCCUGGAGCAACGAGGGACUCGGUCUUCCCUCUUGGAACGCCGAGUCAUUUAGGAAGAGGGGAAUGUGUCUGAGAGGGAUUGGUCGAUUUGGUAGUUGUUGUUGUUGAUUAAAGGUCCAGUGUGUCGAAUUUAUAAACAGCGGUGGGGAUUACAACCCACUGAAAACUCAGACCCCUCACCCCUCAAACUAUUGACCGCGGGGGCCUGUCUUGGCCUGUGUUGUGUAAGGUGCAACAUUAAUUUUAAGAAAGCGACAUUAACGGCUCUAGACUGCAAAUGAAUCUUUUUUUUUAUUUUAUCAAUCAUUAUCACUAUGAUUACUGUACAUGUUCAAGGACAUGGUGGAGGUUACAGCCUAUUCACGAUACUCAACACCCAGUCCUCUGAUUGCAUCCAUAGUGGUGAACUUCAUUCAUAGACCUCUAAUUAUCAUACGUGUUAUAUGUUUUGAUCAACCAUCUCGAUAGCAGUCGGCGCUCCAAGCCAAUGUUGACUCGCACUGCGGGAGGUGAAUAUACCAACUUUCCCGAAGUAGUGGUAGCCUAGUUUUAUUUUUCGAACAGGGAAAUCAUCCUCAAAAACGACACCUCCGAAAUACGGAUGCAUUUAAGAAUGCAUGCAAGUCUGUUCCGCAAGAUUCCACUAAAUUCUAUACACUAAACCAAACCAAAUGUGGCUAAAUUCCAUUGACAAAUCUGAAAACUUAUGAUGGAAACUUUUUAUUCUCUCUUCUGGCCCACAUUACUUUUUCUUCUUUCUUCUAGAACACAUUACUUUUUAUACUCUCUUCUGGUACACAUUACUUGUUAUUCUCUCUUCUGGAACACAUCACUUUCUCACUCUGCAUUUCAAUGCUCUUUGAACAGAACCUGGAGAUUAUUUGUUGAACCCUCGUUGACAAGCUUUUCUCUGAGUUGAGAUGUGCCGCCAGACCAACUGGUUUGGGACAACUAGUCUUGCAUAAAAUAAAAGAUGAAUGAAUUAUUAUUGAUUUAAGUCUUGUUUC